AGGUUGUUGAACAACAACCAGUUGAAGAAAUUACCAUCAGGAAUUUUCAGUAAUAACAUCCAACUGGAUUGGCUGUAAGUUUGCAGUCUAUCUCAUCAAUCAAGAAUAAAUUAGUUAUUGUUUUUAGAAUUUUGUUUGAAUUGGAAUGAUAAUGUGCUAGGAUUUUAGGAUUUUUCUGAAUCAAUGUAAUGCACAGAUUAAAGUUUCUUUUCCUGGAUUGAUAGUUGCCAUUCCCAUUUAUAAAUCUUUAAAUUUUGCUCGUCAUACAAAUUAUCAGAGAAAACUUGUGAAGUCUCUCUUUUCUCUCUCUCUUUACCAUUUGCCUCGAAGGAAGAGAAAGGUAGGAUCAUUAAAGUCUUAGAGUUGUGUUCUGAUUACUGCGUAGGUAAAACGAACAAAAUUUAAGAGUGCUAAACAAAUUUCAGUCGUAAAAGAGCAAGACCACUGUGAAGCAAAAUUCCUCAACCUGAAAAUGGAGAAGUUCAAAUUCAAAUGAAGCAAAGAACCAUUCAUUGGACCUGAGAUGACGAAGAAUAGAUUGAAGGUAGGUCAGCGGAAACUGGAUGCAAGAGUCAAGAUGGAGCAGCAAGCAGAUGCAUCAGCAGUGAAGACUUUAUUAUGGCUAGAGCUGUACCCUUCCAAAUUCCUACAAAACCUUUCAGAAAUGUGAGAGCAACACACCGCCUGAUACGCAGGAAUGCGAGCGGAUCUGGACUCAUGAGUGGAAAGAUGCCUUCCAAAAGAUCAAAGACCACCAGCUACUUAAGUACUUCAGCGAGAGUGGACCAGCAGAGGGCCAAGGAGGUGCGUCCAAGGAUGGGUUUGGCUUUUUAAUAUUGCAGCAUGGUCAACCGGUGACAUCUACGAGUGGGGCACUCCCGGUGGUAGAGAGAAAGUACACACAGAUCGAAAAGGAAUUUUUGGCUGCUUUCAUUGGCAAAGAGCCUAACCACCAGUAUGUGUUCAGUAAGAAAGUCAUCCUGCGGACUGCUUUUGUAGCGACUUCAGCAGUAGGACUACAAGAUACACUUCAAGCCUGGGAAAGGUAUGACUACCAACACUCAAGAGCUUAUACAGAGGACUGUGAGCGUUCCCCUGCAGAAGUAGAAGUCAAUUGCAUUCAUGCCAAUUACUUCCUUUCUGUUUCACACCACUAACUCAAGGAAAUCUGGAGAGAGAGGGAGACGACUUGUCCCUCAGCGCUUCAGAGCUUGAAACACAACAAUCUCGGAUGGCUUCUUUGUUGCAAAAGAUGAUCUCCUGGCGGCAAUCCAUCCACUUCAAACGAGCCUCAAGCGGCUCCGUUAGCAGAGGCUCAAAUAUUACUUAAACAGUUAGGCAAAGCCAUAAUGGAAAUAUCAAGUAAGGCCCAGUCUCUGUCUGUAACCCCUGGCAAUUUGAAGUAAUCGCUCAAAGAUUUUGUACGCAUUAAGUCUACUGAACCUCAAGAAUUAAAAACGACAGAUGACGACGUUCAGGUGGUAUCCAAAAGCACGAACGAGGAGGACGAGAAAUUUGUGCGUAGCACCGGGCAACUAACAGCUUCGUCGAAAAGUGAAAUUAUUUCUAAGGCCCAUAGAAUCCGGUCGGAAAUCAGUCUCAUCAAGAAUCAACUGACCCAACCAACCCAUUUAGCUUGUGGUAAUCAGGGAGUUCUUAAACUUAAGCUGGCGGAGGUGGAGAGCGAAUUGACAUCAUACAAAGCCACCAUAAAUAAACUGAAAGAGGAAAAAGCAAGCCUUUAGAAUAUUUGGAUAAAAUUUCAUUGAAAGGAACGCUCUCACUUCGCACAACCUGAGAAAUACUGAGAGUUAGAUGAUAAUUCCACUUCUCCAAACAGAAUUUUUUCAAGUGAAGCUCUAUUUCAAGUAAUAUGGCGGCGAUCACGGCUCGAUCUGCAAAGAAGCGUGUUUCGUACCAUGACUUACACAAUUUGAGCACCGCAGAUCUUCUAUUCGAUGAAAAGAAAAAGAAAAGAAGACCUGCAAGUAAAUCUUUGGGAUUUUUCGAGGCGGAGCGAUGACUUGAUGUCCGAAUUUUGAUUUGCCUUUAUUAAAUUUUCGCACCAAGACUACUGAAUUCGCAUUUAACGCCUGACAUAUUUUUAUUCCAAAAAGGACCUGGGAACUAAUUUAUUUCCCAGCAAGAAUAUAAACAAAUAUGGCCGAUGAUUCGAAGAUCAGCGUUGCUCGUGUUUAACCAUUUCAGUCAUAGUUUUCAACAUGGCGUCUCGUCACUUACUCAACAUGGAAAAUAAGGGAUAUUCUGGCGCGUUGGGAAGUUUUUCGAUGGGAGGAAAUGACAAUUUUACAGGAUAUUUUGACGCUUCGAACUCAUUAGCAGUCAAUUUGAUCGAGAGCAGUUGACUUCAUUGAUGCACUUUCCUCUAAUAGGCGAGUGUUUGGGAUGGAGAACGACGAAUUUUGAAGAACUAUAUGGCGACUUAGGUCAAUGAACAAUGACAAAAGAACUGGCUCGGGAAGUAAGUGGUUUUUAUUUGUCGAGACACUGUGAGGGUUGAUGAAUAGCAGAAUCAGUACUGAAUAUGUCUCGAUCGAGAGCAGACGAGACCAUGAGCUCCUGAUUGUUAUAUUUUAGAAAUUUUACAAAUUUCCAUACAGUUUCUUAUUUUAUUUGGACGCCAUUAUGGACGAAAUGCGCAAGGGUGGCCGCCAUCUUGUCCAAUAUUUCUGCUAAUGGUGAAAUAGCUUAACUCGCGCUUGCGUCAAGCUUCAUCGCUGACAGAGUUUUAACUCUAAUAAACCGCCACAAUUUUGGAGCCAAUUUUUUAUCAUUUCUGUUGCACGGUAUACAUUUAAAUCGGUAUCAUUAUUUAAUAUAUUUCAGUCUUUCAGAAUAGGCUGAAUUACGACGUUUUGUUUGGUAGACUAAGUGUCAAUAUCUAUAUUUAUAAUCACAAUCUUGUAAUUCCUGAGGGAGUAACCGUGGGUAAACGUAAGGUGUAAUUCUUCAGAUAUAUAUAGUGACACAUUCUGGCAUGCGAAGGAGGCGAUUUGAGUUGAUAGCGUUCUGAAGAAUAACCAUUAAUUUUUUUAUUCCUCUACCAAUUCAUUUAUUGAAUAUGGUUCAUGACAAUGACAAAUUCGUUAUGGAUAUGGAUGUUUUACUAGAUAAUUCGAAACAAGUUCCUGGUUGCAUUUCUAAUCAUUUGUGGCUUUUAUAUUUUAGAGACUUGUCAGCAAACCCGUUGAAGAUUUUGCCAUCUGAUAUUUUCGCUACAAAUGCUAAAUUGAUGUGGCUGUAAGUAGAUUUUUCCUCUAAAGACAGACAUCAAACGAUAUUUGUCUUUAUAGUUUAAAACUCACUGAACUGUUAAAUGACCUGUGUGUGUACCAUUUUUGGCUUGAAAAACAAAAAAAUUCCUCUCUGACGCUAUGAUUAUACGCCGAGACUAACAGAUCUUGUGGCGACAUCAGGAAGACUUUAAUCUGAAAAAAGAGUAUGCAGUAAAAAUACUGAGCAAUUAUCCUGGUAGUUGAGCUGCAAUAUACGAAAUUGCAGAAACUAAGAAUCCUUAAGGAAAAUUCAGGCUUCCACACGAUUCGAACUCGCGCCUCUCUGAAGCUAGUAGGGUGCCUUUACCAACCGAGCUAAGAGGCCACUCGUUGAGAGCAGGGGAGAUUUUAGAGGGUUCUUCUUCUGAGGAAACUAAGGUGAUGUAUUCGAGAAUUUAAGUUAGGAAAGAAUUAGGAAAGAUAAGAAAAUAGCCUUUAAAUAUUUUCUUCGGAACAAAAAAAUUCCAAAAGGAAACGGGGAAAUCACGAAUUAUAAGAAGAAGAACCGCCAAAAAGAAAGCCUGCUUCAGUUCAUUAUUAUGGGAUGAGGCCCGAAAGGUGGCAGAGGGACCGGAGUAGCAGGCGGAUUGUUUUGAAGGCCUUACAGCUGCGCCAUUUUAAUUUUAAGCAAAAAUAUCUCACGGUAAAAUCGCAAAAAUUACCAGUUUGAGUUAUCUGCACACUCCUCAGGCUGCAUUUCUAAACUGAAUUCAUUCCACUAGUCAUCUGGUUUAUUAGUUUAUAUGCAUCCUAGCUCUGUACUAUGCACCGCUAAAUUUUCGUUGAAUUGAUAGGUACCUGUCUGAAAUGCAAUUGCACCACUUACCUCCAGGAAUCUUCGACAAGAACACACAGUUAACCUUCUUGUGAGUUAAACUUUUUUCUGUACGAUCCGCGAGUAAAAUUAAUUCAGGAUCUAGUUUACAUGAUGCAAUAUAGGCUUAAAAGCUUCUCCACGAGAGCACCGGGCAGUCGUGCUACAUGCCAUCUCACCGAUUUCAAUGAAACUUUGCCACUUUAAAGGGUUUAUCCCAAAAUUAAAAAAUACAAACUCGUUUCAGUUUUGGUUUUUUCCGGGGGGAGAUAGACCACCCCCCGGUUUUUCUUGGUUUUCACCAAGGAAAUCGCUUCAAAAUGGGUAAAAUGUAUGAAGCUCUCACUGCGAUGAUAUUUAACCAAUUACUCUGAGGAUUUGCAAACAUUUUUACAUCCUUAGUUGAUGUCCGCUGCAAGUAUCAGUCAAUUUGAUUGACGGCUUGUCAAUCAACAGAGGCAAAUAUACGACUGUGUUUUUAGACUUUUCGAUUCAUCCAAAUAUUUGACAACUUUGAGGUCAAUUAUCUCCCGUUGCCAGAAAGCUACAACACUAAUCUUAAUUACCCUUUAUAACCCACCAUUCCAUCUCAGGAAGUCAUCAAAAAAAUCUUUGGGCGCUAUCGUAUUUUUGUCUGGGAUGCCUUUUAAAAUCGACGACUGUGACAAGUUUCUAUCAACUACACUUGUCACGCAAUUCUUGCUCUAGGCGGUCACUUGACAAAAUAAACCUACAUUUUUUAGCUCUUUAUACAAGAUGAUUGAUCAAGAAAGGUGAAAAAUGUGAAAAACUUUCGAGAUUUUUGUAGGAACGGAAAAUUUCACGUUUAGAGAGAAGCAUGUAUGCGAAAAAUCAGUGGGAAAAUCGUAGCGUUUCUUUCUUCAGUCGUUUAUUACUCUGAUGAUUUGCUAAGAUUAGGAAAUAGGGCUCUUGUACAGAACAAAACAUUCAUUAGCCUAUAAUUUGAUCGUCCAUUAUCAUUAUCGCACAGUUUACAAUAAGGAAACUACAACAGGAGAGGAGAUUUUAAAGUCACAUGUCGAGUGCUUGUUGACGUACAAGUUCCCGAGUGUAACAACUUCGGCUUUUCCAUACCGCGGAUGACGGGAAACUCUGCCCCCCUUAUUUGAUAGGAAACAUCAAUAACCCCAUAAAUUCAUUAACUGCACCAUGUUUCCAGAAAAUAAGAAUGGCUUUUCCACUUUCCACCAUCGAGAAAUUCCACGUAAAGAAAUAGUAUAUGUAGCGUGACUGCGUGACCUUUCAUGAAAAGUAAAAAUUGUUUAUCUUUUUUUUCAAGAAGACACCUCUAGGAAGUUCUUAAUCCUUCUGUUAUCUUAUUUUCCUGUUUUUUGACUGCAAAUAUCAUCUGCAUUUGCUAUUAUUUUCGCUGAUUGUCAUGGCCUUUCCUGCGUGCACGUGCGAGCCAGUUCAUAUACAGCACUCUUUCGAGUUUCUCUGAGUGGUGUCGGGCUUAGGUGUGUAGGUCUGGCUCAAAAGAUAUCUGCACGCUGCAACACGGGUUCCUAUGUUUUCUCCUUUUUAUUUUUUUGUAUUUCCAUUCUCUUCCUUGCAUUAUCACGCAUUUAUGUUUUUCAUUCCCUCACCGCGUUCCCUCAGAUUUGGAAGUAGGCUAUGAAAAGACAAUAUUGACCAGAACUGAAAUCCUUUUCUAUCACUAUUUGCUUCAGAGAACCCCCGUUAUUUAUAACUUUAUUUCUCAAGAGAGCGUGUUUUUAUUUACUAUUUAUUUCCAUUAGAACAUGAAACUAGGUCCUGAUAAGUUUUUUUUGUUUCGUGACUCCCAAAAACUGUGUUUGCGACAACAUCAAUUGAGAAAUCCAAGGCAAUUACACCUGAGAAAUUCGCUUGUAGCCUUCUACCCGCAGAAGGCAAAUCCAUAUAAUUAAACGUUCCAAGACCUCUGUAAACUAGAGACAUUGCGUGAUGCUGAGAGGUCAAAUAUUUACACAUCUUAUAAAUCUGUGACCCUCAAACGGAUCACGUACUCGUACCUGUAAAGUCCGGAAAAUGUCAUGCAUGUAUAACACCGUAGGCGCACCUGGCGAAUUCUAUCCACUGGCUUCAAUAGUAAAGAGACAACUUAUUUACUAUUUGUAUAUGAGCAAGCUUAUUUACCCUACUUGAAAAAAUCCUUGAUGAAGCCAAGAAGACUGAUGAAGAUAAAUACAAGUUUUUACUUUCUCAGUUCGUGCAGUGACACAUGUCAUAAUCAAUGGUUUGAUACCGUAACUAUCUAUUUAGGUACAUCAUUAGGCUUUGAUCACACUAAUGAAAAAAAUGUGGGUUUCCUCACGCUCGCCACAUUUAUUCUUUGGAAAAUUAUUUUACUGGAGAGCGAAGUCGCUUAACUUGGCGCGUCUUGACUCUGGCCGACGAAAAUUAUCGAGGUGAACCCCAUGAAAUUCUUGUCAAAUGUUUUAAAAACUUUGUCUACCCUUGAUUUGCACGCAGAAAAAAAGGCAAAUUCCGAGCGGUAUUUCAAAACAUUUUAUUCACUGGUCAAUUUAUGAACUGUUUCAUAGCAGCCCGAGGAAAAAGCAAAAUUGAAAAACCCGGCGUAUCGGUCAAAUAAAUUCCAAUUUUUUCAACAAGGAGUUGGUAAGUUCAUUUUUCUCAGUAAAUUUAAGUGGGGGUCAAUUUUUUGUGACAGCCGAAGAUAGACAUCUCUGAAACGUCUCUGAAACUCUUAGAGAGUUUACACUUCCCGUAAUAUUUUCCCCCUUUUCGCAACAGCGCAACAGACAUUGUUAAUCCUAUGUUGUGUAGGUUUAUCAGUUGUAUUACGUCUUCAUAGAGAUGCUAUAUAAGAAAUCGAGUGUCUAAAAAGCCCUCAAUUCAACCUAACGCUCGAAUUGAUAGAGUCAAGAUGGUGCAGUUGUCUUGUUCAUUUGCAACUAACUGUAGAACCAAAUGUUAUUUUUCUCGCGCUGGCCAGGGACGGCAACAGCUCAUACCUCUAAAUUCGUGGGUAUACAGCUUAAAAAAAAACAUUCGAGAGACGUAGAUGUGUCCCAAACAUACGUUUCGUCCGAGAAGAAGCUUAUUCUAGCGCGUAUUGGCUUCUUUGGAGAUUACGAAGGCCGCGAUUUCACGAUUUACCUCAAAUAUCGUGCACAACUUGGUGUGAGAUUCAGACCUUCGGGUUAGUAAGUGCCAGUAUCCUCCUCAUAAAAAUCGGAGACAUCGAGUUGGGAGGGACGUGAAUCUGCAGAUGAUAGAAGAAAUCAAAGCUGGUGGCGAGUCUUCCUGGUGGCAAGGUGACUGUAAACCUAAUAGAACGCGCACUGUAACUACUAUCUUAGAGUCGGCAAUGAAUAAGGAAGAAGGGCGAGGAGAGCGCUUAUCUGAACAUCAGUUUUCCUAACUGGUGAUUUGUGACUGAGAUGAACUUUAUAUCAUACGAUUGCCAGGGAUAAGCAGGUACUGUGGAGGCGCUCACAUAAAUAGGGGUGGGCGAUCCUCCCUCUGACUUAAGAACUGCUGACAGUUCUUUAGACCAACUGGCACAGUUUGGAGUACCUCAGGGUCUCACUGGGCUCAUCACAUUAGAAACCUUCAGCAAACUAAUCGUAGAAGCGGGUGGUUAUCAGCAACAUGCACAGAUUUCUGAACGCGGGUCAUCGCGAGAACUAUACCCAAUCCGUCACAGACAGAAAAACAAAGCGAGAUAUUCUUGCUUAAAGGAAUUAUGUAUCAAGACGUUUCAGUCAUUGGCUGCCAUCCAAAAGCACCCUAACAAAGACAAACACAGUGAAGCUGAAAAAAAAUCGGUCUAUUCUAUAGGGGAUGGCUACGUUCAAGGUCGGACCCCAGGUAAAAUUCUGUCGAACAAUCUCUAACUAGCCAAGUGGACUUUGGAUGGGCUCGUUGGAAAACACAAAAAACAGCUACCUUUUCUCAGAAAGCAAAGAAUUAUCUCCUAGACGUGUGCUGGACAGGGGAGGAAACUAGUAAGGCAACCGCCUCCAAUGUGACUUCCCAAAUAUCGAGUUUAAGAGACGACACCAGCCAGAAAUGUUGUCUAAGACUAACCGGUUGAUACAGCAGCAAAUCGCUCGAUACUUCAGCCAGUUAUGUGCCGUAACAAAAACUGGUUGGUUGACAAGGUCCCCCUCUGUUAAUAUGAAUGAGGACGAAGAGGCCGAUGCCAAUGAUCUAGCUUCAGAUGUCGAAACUGACCGAACAAGGCAGAAGAUAAGGAGGGACCUUGCAAAAUUUAGACGAAGACUGCAGGAGAGGGUACAGCUGCUAUUAAGUUAAAAAAAAAAAAACUACAAUAAAAUAAAGACAUUUGCAUCUCACUUUUCUUUCCUAUUUAUUGCCUUUGCUCACGAAAACAACUGGCCAUGUCUUGGGAUUUCAUUAAGGGAAAUUUGCAGGAAGCCUGCUGGUCAAAUUACUGCUGGCUCAUUCUUAAUAAAUUUUACAAGUCACGCAAUUAAACGCCGGCAACACUGGAUCUAGAGAGAUGUAGAUUUAUAUGUAGUAAAAGAAUGCUUGAAAAAAAUUAUGCAGAUAUUUUACGAUCGAAGCAGGCAAAUAAUCAUAGGGAUCUGCAGAUUAUUCUGAAAUUGUUAUCUAACAGACAGCAUGAACAACGCGCUUGAAUAAUUCCUACGGAGAGUCUUCGGGUCACGCAACAGAUGUUAGCUUAGCGGAGUUCUGCAUGGAAAUGUUCGAUGGCGGUAAGUGACAACGACAACACUAUUUUAAUUUUAUUUUCGGAAUAGAAGCACAGUUUUUAGUCUGAUAGAACUACUGAUAUUUGCUCUCAAGCGAGGGCGCAGAAUUUUUCUUCUGUAAAGGCCGAAGUUGUAGCACACUGGAACUUGUAGUAAUGUCAACCAACACGCUGCAUGUGACUUUAAAACCCUUAAAAUGAGCAAUGAUAAUGAUAAACAAUUAAAUUAUAGACUAAUGAAUGUUUUGUGCCGUACAAAAGCCAUAUCUGCGGAUUUUAGCAAAUCUCCAAAGUAAUAAACGACUGAAGAAAGAAACGGGACGAUUUUCUCUUCGAUUUUUCGCCUACAUGUAUCCCUCAACGUGAAAUUUCCAUUCCAUUCCAGUGACCGCCUAGAGCAAGAAUUGCGUGACAGGUGUAGUUGAGAGAAACUUGUUACAGUCGCAGAUCUUAAAAGGGCAUCCACGACAAAAAUACAAUGGUGCCCAAAGAGUUUUUUGAUGAUUUUCAGAGAUGAAAUAAUGCGUGAGAUCUCAGAUUUAUCCGAUUAUUCGUUUCGCUUCGCAAAUUAAGAAUUUACAUCAAACAUCACGAAGAUCAUGCAUCGACUGUUGCAUUCUGGACCUUUGUUCAGGACUGACCGCUUACGAGAUUUCAUUCUCUGUAUGAAAGGCAUCACGAAGUGCUUACGUUAAAUAAAAAAAAUCAUUCAAAUUUCCAUCGGUAACAAAUUUCCAUAUAUAUGUAAAAUUCAAAUAUGUUGUUGUGUUGUAAAACGAGUAUUACGGGUGAAGUUAGCACAACCAACUCCUCACUCAAUGACACUGAUGCCGACUUUUGCUCACAUUUCAAAACAAUCGUAACUGUCUUCAACCACAGCCCCUGAAAGGUUUCAGUAGUACCCCUACCUAAACAGAUAAUUUUCUGGUGGAUAUUAAAAAUAUUGAUCAGUUUUAUACGAUAAACAACGCAGACGCCUGAAUGACAACGACAUGAAAGGAUUGAAUGGAGGUGCCUUCAAAAACUUGACAAGGCUAGAGCAACUGUAAGUUAAUGUAUCAAUACUGUUGUGGAAGGAAUUCUUAUCCUGAAAACAAAAUUAUGCGCGGUAAAAAUUUAUUAAUUCCUUUGGUUGGAUCAGGACAUAUCGUGAUCUGCUGAAUUAUGAUGUGAAAAUAAAACAGAGACAGAUAAGACAACAGCACUAAAAUAGUUAUUCAAAUCUUAAAGUUCUCAAACGUUCUCAAUUCUGACUAAAGCCGCAAGAGACCUUCAAGGUUAUGUCCUCUAACGCAAAGUACUUUGCACAUAUUAAAAUUUCCGAACUGAGAAAAACCCCUUUUGAUUUUGUGGCAUUGCAUCGAGUUUGGGAACAGUAGUCGUUUGGUAAAGUUUUUAUUGUGUUAUUGAGAUGGUUAUAUCCUGAAUUGUAUUUUUGUGCAUUGCAUUGCAUCCCAUUGCGUUGUAUUGUAUAGUCAGAGAUAAUAGAUGGUUUUUUUCUUUGUUGUGCAUCAAAUUAUGCAGGUAUCAAAGGAAAACUGUUUUCAUAACGAAGCAGCAUUCCCCUUUCCUACCGCACCGUCUAUACUUGUUUUUCAAUUUAAUUUUUUUCUUUUCUCUUUUCUUCCCUUCCCGUCAGUGACCAUAAAACAAGGCAGUAAAUAACUGUUUUAGUAAAACUAAAUAGAUUUUACGUACAGAUCAUUUUUUUCUACAAAUUUCAACGCAGAUGGUUGCACGACAACAACUUCACUGAAUUGCCUCCUGAUUUAUUCCAAGAUCUAGAAAACCUGAAAAAACUGUAAGUUAAAGCAUACUUAGCUAACAUUUUUAACUGCAUAAAGUGUUCCAGCAUCAAUUGAAAUUUUUCCCUCUUCUGUUAAAUCAAAGCUCGUGAUUGCUAACGUAUUUUUACACAGAUUCUGCCAGUAUUAUACUUUUCUCUCCUUUCACUAAUUAAAGCAUGUAUAAAGAAAAUAUUUUCCAAUUGCAAAUUUUUACAGUCUUCCCAUCUGCACUGAUAACAUAUUUUAAAAUUGAACCAUCCUGACUUAUAUGUUUGUUACUGUAUUGAAACUUUCAUCGCCAACGAUCAUACAUACAACAAUGAAAUUUAUGCAUGUUAUGAAUGUUGCAGUUGUUUUUUGUCCAUGUCUCUUACCAUAUACUGCGCUUUGGUUGUUUUUGAUGACCGGCAUCUUUAUGUAUUUUUACUUAGAAAUUUCAGGUUGCAUACUUCUUGAAAGUACAUUUUCUCUUUUCGUCACUCUUAUUAGCUAUCUGUCAAAUAACAAGUUGAAGAGUUUACCAGACAGAAUUUUUAACAGCCUUUCCAAGCUGACACAUCUGUAAGUGAAAUAGUUAUUUAACCAAGAAGAUUAUUGGGUAAUCAUUUUUGUUCACAAAAGCGCAGCCGUUAUAGCUGAAAAUUAUGAAGUUUUCCAGCUUGUAUCUGUAACUCUGAUCAGUUGAAACAGAGGAUGCUAUUUUAUGUAGUUGUUGUGCUUUGGUUAGCAAUGUUAAGGUACUUGAAUAUGUUAAACUUUAAAAGCUUCUGUUUAAAUAGCAACCUAAACUUUCCCAGAUUUGUUUGUUUGUUUAUGUUUUGUACCGGUUUUUUCCAUUUUAUUUUUUUGUUGUUGCUUGUUUGUUUUUUUAUUGCGGUGAGAGGUUUCCACCCCAAAAAAGUCGGCGAUGGAUAUUUCCGUGAUUGACCUGUUUUUCAAGUUUGUAUUAAUGAAAGAUGGGUCAUUUCGGGUUUUCCCUAGAAAGUGUAAACAUAUUUUUACAUUAUGGCGUUCUUAGCUUGCAUAAUAUGCUAGGAUCUUCUUGGAUUGGAAUUUAAAACAUUAACCUUUUUCCUGGGAAAAUGUCUCAGUGAUUUAUGGGAAACAAACUGAAAAGGGGUAGCAACUGAACGCUCUUCGCAAAAAACCCUCCGAUUAUUAUUUUUUAUGAGUUCAGUUGGUAGUUCUAUCAUAAAUGAAAUCUUUGUAACUGUGGUAAUAAUUGUUUUAAGGGAUUUGUCAAACAAUGAACUUGGAAAUCUGUCACCGUACAUUUUCAGGAACAUUACAGCAGUAGAAUUUCUGUAAGUAAGAUUUAUAUCGGCACAGAAGAUUAAAAAUUAUCCUUAGGGGAUUUUCUUGAUAAUGACAACACUUGGUGACUAUAAAAACUUCCUAGUUAAUGGCAACUUACCUUAUAAUUUACUUCUGGAAGGCAAAGGUUUUUUGUUUCCUUGUUAUCCGAUUUGACAAUAUCAAAGAAUUUGAUUUUAGAUAUACGAAAUUCAUAUAUUUGCACUGCGGUGAAGAAACGAAAGAGAUCCUCGCAGCUAAGAACACUACUGAAGUUGGUAGAGCGCUGCACCGGUAUCGCAGAGGUCAUGGGUUCAAAUACCGUACGGGCCUGAAUUUUUUCAGGUCCUAUUUUCAACUAUUCGUUUCAUUGUUAUUGUAAUAGGAAGUGAACCACUAAUGAUUCUUCAAAUACAGCUUUUAACAACAGAUUUCUUUGAAGGCCAAGGGGAAUAAACUUGAGAGUUUACGUGGUUAAUUUUGAACGCAUCAUAGAUAUAUCUAAUAUAAUAAUAUAUGAUAAGAUAUAAAAAUUGGGAGCUUUUUUAUUAGAAAACAUUGCCAUUCCCUGCCUUAACUAUAGAAGUUAUCUAAAAAACAGAAGAGUUAAAGAUAAAACUGCCCAUGAUGCUUUCUUCAGGAAAAUGGACUACAACAAAAUUGAGAAGCUUCACGAAGACCAGUUCCAGGGCUUGGUAGAGCUAUUCGAUUUGUAAGUACAUUUAGAGUUAAAACCUUUUUCCACGAUGAUCUGGAUUGUAAACCGUAUACAGUGAUGUUUUCUAAUGUUAACUCCGUUAUUGCUCAAAUUAAAGUUGUCCUAGCCAAUCAUAUUAUGUUACUGUUUGAUAAGAUUUUUUUUAUUAUCCAUUUCGGAUGUUUAAGAUAUCUCUCCGAGAACAAAAUAGACGCUCUACCUGACAAAAUUUUCAAGGGUGUCAAAAGCCUCAAAGCUCUGUGAGUACAGUUAAUCACAUACAAACACAUUCUAGAAUAUUCGCAGUGAUGGAAUGAAUAUAUUAGGCGUUCAAAAUCUGAGAUUUUAGUUCACAAAUUUAACAUGAUGUAGAACAGACCUGGUGCAAAUUACGUUGCUCAACGAAGCAAUGUUGCUUUAAUUCAUGUUGCACUAAAAAUGUGCCUUUUUAUAUAACAAACUUUUAGUGAGCCAAGGUGGAUCUCAUUGAAACGGAAACAAACAUCAUGGAGACCUGUGUAGUUGUAAUGAAACUCUAUGUAAAUUUAUUAGGAUGAGGAAUAUGACAACUGCAAGCCCCCGUUUAGGAGCUAAUUGUAAAUGAUUGCGUUCUUCAUUUCAGCAAUAUCUUCGGCAAUAAAAUACAAAACGUUAGCAGCACGACUUUCAACUAUGCCCACGAGCUGCGAUUUCUGUAAGUUCAAGGCAAAUGACAGAUGUUCAUCUAGACAACUAAACUUAGUUGCAUAUAUUGAAAUCAGAUAACGUGUAGGCGAGUAUUCUUUUGAUUUUGUUGAAGUAAAAGGAAAAACUCGUGAAUAGUAAUUUUGGAAGAUGAAAUAAAUAUACCGAAGUCAUUUUUCCCUGGAUGAGUGCGGAAAGAGGCUUUUAUACAACGAACGAACACAACUGAAUGGGCUGCCACGUCCACUAAAUCAGUGGCCAUCAAAAAUUUCCAAGAAAGCAAAACGAGACUUAUCGUAGGCUAACUGAUUAAUUUUAUUAAAUAUUUGAGAAAAUAUCAAGCUCGGGUCCGUAUUUAAGAUCCUCAGUUAGGGCUCCUGAUUAUAUUUUUUGACAGUUUGUUUGAACAUUAACAUUAGCUAGAUGAAUCUUACUCAUGGAAACUCAUUUUUUGGAAUAAAUCAAGUUCUUUUUGUCAGGUCAAUUAUGAUAUACACCAACUUAAUGUUCAAAUUAUGAUUAUUUGAUAUUACAGGUUCAUGCACUACAACUUGAUGGCUGAGCUCCCUAAAGGCUUUUUCAGGCAUUUGACGCACAUCAUCAGAGUGUAAGACUCCAUAACGAUCCUUCCCUUCUAUCACCACUUUAAACAAUCAUUUAAUGACAGUCUAUAAUAUUAAUUAAUUAAUUAUUAUUAAUAGCUUUCAACGACGCAAUAAUAAUGUGUUAUUUCUUCUUUAAUUCUUCUUCUUUUUUUUUGAAAUCUAGAACAUUGGACACCAACCUGAUGUGCUGCCAUCUCGAUCUUUUCAGGCAGGAUGCUGACUGCGAAUAUACCUUCAAUGACAACUUCGCAAGCUGCCACUCCAUGUUCCGUAACCGUGCUCCGAGGAGAACUGUAUGGGUUGUCGGUCUUCUGUCGUUGUUAGGGUCUUUGUUUGUAGUCGGGUGGCAGUAUUUCUUCCCUGAUAACAAUGUGGUCCAUUCUAUCAUGUUGGUGAAUCUGGGUGUGUCUGACGGCAUCAUGGGCAUAUACCUUAUCAUCGUAGGUAUAAAAGACCUGCAAUGGUCAGGGGAAUACUACCUGCAUGACUAUGAGUGGCGCACCGGUUGGUUUUGCCAUUUCAAUGGUGCCAUGUCUGUCUUUUCAAGUGAAGUAUCAGUGAUGAUGAUUUCUCUGAUCGCAUGGGACAAACUCAAGAACAUCGUGUUUCCUUACACCUUUGCAAAAAUUACACCAAGGCAGACCCGCAUAAUGUGCGUAGUUAUCUGGCUGGUGGGAGGCAUUAUGGCAUUCCUUCCCUUAUCCGGAAUGCACUAUUUCAGCGAGAGGUAUUAUGGCAAUAAUGUAGUGUGCCUGCCCCUGCAACUUUCCCCGCGACUAGAAGAAGGCUGGGAAUACUCCACUUCCAUUUUCAUCGUUUUGAAUUUUUUCCUAUUCAUCUUCAUCAUGGUUGCUUAUGUUGCCAUUUUGCGGAAGUCAUGGUCGUCGAGCAGACGACUCGGUAGGCAAGGAACCAUCCGUGAAAUACGAGCAAGAGCACAAAAUGAACAGACCAAAAGAGAAAGAGCACUUGCCAAAAGAGUAUUCUUCAUUAUUCUGACCGAUUUCUUGUGUUGGAUGCCAAUCAUUUCUAUCGGCAUCCGUUCCCACGUCGAGAAAACAUUUGAUCCUCCUGGUGAUCUGGCAGUGUGGAUAGCAGUGUUCGCUCUGCCAAUCAACUCAGCUAUCAACCCAUUGCUGUAUACGCUUUCUACUCCACAGGUAACAGUUUUUUUUCUUACUUUGGAAUAGCACCUAUUGUUAUGUGAGUUUCUGUCAAUUUUGAAAUUGUAACGAUUGACAUACAAAACAAGCAUGAAAAAAGUAAAUGAUCGGACAGAUUUUGUUAGCUUCUUCAUCGUUGACUUUAACCAAAGUGACUUUUAAAGACGUUACUUGAAAGUCUGAAAUAAACUAUCCCAUGUAUUUCGAAUGUCUAGGUGCAGGCUGUGUUGAAAGCAAAACUGAGGAAGCUGUGGUCCAAUGUUCGAUCUAUUUUCAACAGAGGACAAAGUCAGGAAGGUACAGUUUUAAGCUCCAUUCAAAAAUGCCAUGAUAAAAUUAAUUAUAUUCCAAAACUUGAAAUGAACAAACUAUAAGGUUUAUCAAAUUAACAACCCAUUUUUCUUUAAGUAGCUUAUGUCAUUUUUACUCCUAAUGCUUUGAAGGGGGAAAAGGGUGGAACUGGUUUGAAAUCGUAGUAAACUCAUCUCUUUUUAAUUUUUUUAAUUUUUAAUAUUUUAGAAUAAGAACCUGAGCAAAUUAUUGAAAUCACAAAGGUGCAACUGGCAAUAUGUAAAGUUGUAGCAGACGUAAAAGAGAAAAAUAAUCAAGAGAGUGAUUCUAAAUAGAGAUGGGAUCAAUGUAAUAAAUAAUCAAGUUUCAUGAAGGCAACGAUACAAUUAGAAAUCGUGAUUUCGAUUUUUUUCAAAGUUAGUAUCUUUAAAGCUGUGUGUUAGGAACGUUGAGUCAAAUGGGUGCCAUUUGCGACUAAUUUUUUUAAAAUGAGAUGUUAGCCAAAACUCAUUUUGCUAACAAUUCUCAAAAUAUGAAGGGCUGUACUUCUGUCUUAAAUUAUAAGGUAAAGAUCCAAAUCUAAAUUGUAGAAUGUAUUUUCUUUGUGAUAAACCUGACAAUGGCCAAAAAUGUUUUUAUUGGUGUUUCUUUUUCAUAUAAAAGAAGCAGAUAAUGAUCAGCAGGGACAGAUUGGAAAUGGAGAUGAACAUGCUAACGACGAAGAGGGUAAAAAUAUAGUGCUUCUCAGAGUAAAUCACAUGCGAAAUAUCUACUCUACGCCUCUGUAGGGUUCUGUGUGUAAUAAUUUUCUUUCCUUUCUUUUUUUCCAUUCUUAAUUCCUUUUUUUUUUCAUUUCCUUCCCCAUAGGAGAACAAAUUGAAAUGCGUGUAAUAGAGCACAACGAAAUCCAAGAAGUGGAAGACCCUGAAUUGCCUGCUCAGCAACCAGGUCAGUAAAUAAAUAGAGAACUUUUGAUGCUAACAGCAAUACUGAAAUUGACUUUGUAAUUCAACUCUAUUGCCAGGUAUGUAUAGUCUAAUCAGUAAAUCUACCACAUAUUGCCUCUUUCAAAUUGAAAUACCUAGAAACCUCAGCAUUCCUUUUCUGCUCUGAUAGUUUCUGUAAGCACGUUUUGAGAAAGGAGAGAUAAAGGAAGGAUCUCCCAUAUGACACAAAUGCAAUGAAAUUAGGUUGUAUUACUUUUGGUUGACAAGUUAUUUCAGACAUUAUGGUGAUAAAUUGCCAUAGGCACUUUUACCACCUACAACCUGUAGAGUGUAUUAUGGAAGGUAGAUACCAACAUCUCCUAUAUGUAUUUGGCAGAUUUUCAUGCGCAUAAAUUAACUUCCAGAUUUAAAUGUUAGCUUUGUAACUCAGUGAUAUUUCAUAAAUCAAUGAAUAAUUGAAUACAUAUGGAAAUCUAACGUACGUAAAAUAGGUUUGUAGAGAAAUUUAUUUCAGAAUAAAACAUGAACCAUAGGCAUCAUGAAACGAUUUACUCUGCUUGUUCCUUAAAACAGAUUAUGAGGAUGAUUUUGACAUCAGACCAGCCACUACAAAGACUGUGGAAGGUAAACACCUUUUCAUUUUUCGUGUUUCUUUUUGUUGGAAAUUUCAUAACCCUACAAACCAGCGAAUGGUGGCUGGUGCUACUAGACUGGCGCACUUGGUAUACUUGAUUGCAUGGUUUUGUAUGUCACAUCAAUAGGAUUAGGGUUAUCGUGUUUAACGCUUAGUCAUAAUUACCAAUCAGAUCAUAUAUUCUUAGUCUGUCUCAUGGAAAACUUUACGAGAACAGCUUGUUAGCCACUAUUUCUGGAAGGUACAAAACCCACCCUCAGUUACUGAACCUAAUGGGCCAAUGCAAUUAAAAAAAAGUCUUAUUGGAAAGUUUGCUGUUGUCAAAGACCUAAGACGUAGCUGUGUUAUUAACGUUGAGCCUUUCAGGAACCACUUGCAGUUUAUUUAAAUGAGUGGUAUUCUUUAUUGCAGUAACUGUUCAUCAUGGCGAGAGCCAGUAUCGACGAAGAAGACAAAAAGAAGGUAAUAGUUGACAUCUUGUGUAAGUAGGAGUGUCUCUACACACUAAUGGAAGUUUCUGAUGUUGAGAAUUGCCUAGUUUUAUGGAAUCAUCCGUUCCAAUUGAAAUUAACUUAAAAACGGGUCUAAAAAAUUACCGUUAUUGAUCGACGGUUAAGGUACUUACAACAAUCUUUGUCGUGAUGGACACUCCUCUUUAUUGUAACUUAUAGCUUCCGAUACAGUAAUCGAAAUAUAGAGCGAUUGUUGCGGAUUUCAGUGAGCAUAAUACUUCACUUUCCAUAACGUCAAGAUACAUUUGAUGGAAAGUAGUAAAACAUUUCUGAUACAAAGCCAGCACCAGCUUGAUUCUAGUCACUUUUGGUUCAUUGCUUUGAUAGAGUUACAUUUUUGUAAAGUUCAGGGGUAGCUACUUGUAAGCUAUAGGGACUCACUCAUCCAGUAUGGUAACGGGGGCAAAAAAGGAAGUUAAUGAUAGGAUAAAUUGGUGGCCUCCAACAAAGGUUUUUAAGAGGUGAUAAAAGUACACAGCUGACUGUUUCAACAAUCUUGCAUAUUCAGUUAUGCCCUUUCCUCAGUGAUCCUCCCAAAAUAUCAAUCACUUCGUCGAAUGCAAGGACAAAAAUUGAAUACAAUAUAUCUCAAAUAUCUGUGUGCAGAUCAAGAAGGAGGAAGUAAGCCUGAACCUAAAAAGCCAACUGAGAAAGGUAAAAACAAUGAAAUUCUUUUUAGGAACUGAACAUUUGUCCGCCAUGGAUAUUAUUUAUUUCAGCAUACAGUGUAAGUAGCACCUGGACUAAUUUGCUGGCUUGAUAACGGGCAAUGGGCCGCGUUAUCUAGCCUCAGAUUUUAACAAUGAAUCUGAUUUCAUACAGCUGGUGAAUCUGAGGAGCAGAUGGAGAUUGAAGAGAUUUCAGUGCCCAGUAACAAAGGCAAAGGAGAUAAUGGUUUUUGA